GUUCGAAAUGAUGCCGUGAAAAUUCAUGCCAGGCAUGCACCCCACCUUCCAAGCUACCUUCAUCAUCUCACGGCCACACAAAGUGCUUUGCUCGCUAGUAAUGCACACUUGGCUGAAGUGGAAUGCCCCGCGCAUGUCUCAAGCGAGUCAUUAGCGGUCGGACGAGAGAAAGCCAUGAGAAAACGAGUCGGAUGGAAAACCUUUUCACUUCCCCGAGUAUGAGCGAGUCUGAGCAGAAGUUCUACCGCUUUAAAAUGUUUUUUGUCUGACCGUUUGUCUUUCCUUGUUUCUGAUCCUGUGCCAGCGCGGCCGUGUUGCGUAACUUCGCUACCGCAGUCCAGCCAACUCGGCAUGCAAUUUUCUUCGUCGAAGAAUGCGAACUACAUUUGCGCGCGUGUCUCGUGUUUGUCUGCGACAAGGUACUUGAGUUCUUCUACUGCUUGACAUUUGCAGUCCGCGUUCAAGUGUAGGUCCUUUGCGGGCCACCGACUCUUUCGCUGGACUGGUGCCCGCCUAUUCUCGGGGAGAGUUCACUGCCGUACACGAAUCAUACGAAUUAACAUUAGAACGACCCUAUGGUGUCGGAACGCUGUCCGUUUCUCGCAAUUUCUAGUCUGUAACGGGGCCACUCAUGCGUCGCGGUCUCUACUGAACGAACUGGCAGACGGGCAGCGGAGUGUGGAUCAGCGUCCGCCGUUUUCCGCGUCCUUUGCUAAUCUUUGAGAAAGAUUUUUUUUUCUCUGAAUAGGCAGACCCCCGCAGCCUGUUUGUUGCGUGACUCGUGUGGAGCCAAGCCUAACAGUCCGUGCGGAGAUAAAAUUGCAAGGAGCGACGGGGCCACCGCAAAGGGAAUCUAAAGAGCGGAUCCAGGUUCUGUCCUAAUCUUUCAACGAUGAGUCGCCGCGGCUUCUGUUUUCCACGACACUCACGCAAUAAACAAAGUUAAGCUGGACAGUUCCGAAACCAAAGCUGUCUGUCCCGCGAGGCUCGCAGCAGCGAACCCUUCAGUCACAAACCACAUUGGUUUGCCAGCAAGUCAACCGUCGAAAAAAUGUCGGGCGCUGUGCGUAUCGACGCGCGAGGGAUGAUCAUUCGGGAAGGAGAAGAUCCUGAACUCGGACGACCUCUGCGCUCUGCUGCUGAGUCGCACGCAACCGAUUUGCGAGCCUCUGGAAGGACGCUAGAACAAAGGCAGGUUUCGACGAGGUCGUCGCAACCAAGGGGCAGCAUUCUCGGCUGUCUCCGCCGAACUUUUGUCAGACCUUUCUGUUGCUUUCCCGACGCUGCAGGUGCCCGCCCAGAGGGUGCAUACACCGGGUUCUGGCUGCCACCCAUCCUCGGGCUCGCCCCCAUUUUCUGGCUCACCAUUUUCGCGGCAAUAGGAUGCGGAAUUCUUGCACAGUUCUACUGGCAACCGCUUCUCCUUACCGGUCUUGUCGUUCUUGGGUACAUUCUCUCCGUCGCUCUCCACGAGUUCGCGCAUGCGGCAACUGCAUUCAAGGGCGGGGACGAGUCUGUCGUCUACUCAGGCUACCUCACCCUCGAUUACUUGAGAUACACCUCGCCUCUCUUCUCCUUGGGUCUUCCUCUUCUCUUUCUUCUCCUAGGCAAUGUCGCACUUCCAGGUGCAGCAGUAUUGAUUCAGCAUGAGAACCUCCGAGGAGCCCAGUGGAGGACGCUUACAGCGCUGGCGGGGCCGCUCGCAACCUUCCUUUCUGGCCUUCUUUUCUCGGGUCUUCUCCAUCUAAGUCUCCUCAGCGCCGAUUACUACUACACGAUUCUCCACAUGGGCUUGGCAUGUCUGAUAUACUUCGAGGCGAUGAGCUUCAUCAUCAACAUGAUUCCUCUACCUCCUCUCGACGGCUGGGCGGCGCUAGAGCCGUGGCUCCCGCAUUCGUGCUUCCUCAAGAAGGCCAUGGACGACCCGACUUUGCAGCGCAUUGUUCCUCUCUUGGUUCUUGCUGCGCUCUUUCCUGUCUUCGCGAGGGUGCCUUUCUUCGGCCACGCCGUGAACGUGGUGGCUGUCACUAUUUUUCGAGCUCCGCCAGAUUUGACGCCUUUGGCGAUGCAGUACUUUGCCGUCCCGUACAGUCAGUGGCGAUACAUGCACCCAAUUCCCGUCCCAGUGGACAUGCGGCGUGCUUCCGUCUCGUCCUCGGAGUUUUUGGAGGAUUUUCUGCUGCAGUGAAAGGCCAAAAUCCUUUUCUGUCGGUGACAAAGUGCCUGAAGUAGCAGUUAAGUGUAGGAGACUCGCACAGGAUCCGCACAUCCCAACGGUAAACAGCGUUCACCCAGUUCCCUGGUGGAGCACCAUGCAAAGGAUGUACUCAUUGUGUUAAUCAGACCGAGGGAGGCUCUGAGGGGUAAAAGCCGCGCGUGAAUCUUAGUCACCCACACGACUGUGGAGCUGGUUUUUUGCGCGCUGACGCCGAGUUUGGAAGAAAGAGUUGCCAUGAGUCUCGCUGUCUCUUCUGCAGCGGAAACUGUUGGCGCGACACCGUGUGCGGAGACCAGGGAUGCCCUAAUGCACCUUGUUUCCUAGUACCUAGCUUACCACUCAUGUAAACCGUUGUGGUUUUUUGAGCAUGCACCAGUAUUCAUUUUGGUGUUACGACUUUCGGCACUAAGACACCCUAGAACUCACACACCGAAGGUUUCGAAGCCGUACCGAUCUGGAUCGCAGAUCGUGUGCACAAUUCAAUGCUGUCUCAGUGAUGAUCGUCGCCAGUAUUACCAUCCGUUUUCAAGACGCUGUCCGUUAUACACAAGCAACUAGGAUUAAGUCGGA